AUGGAUAAUCGAAUAAAAAUCUUCUUCGAAGAUUCCGACGACGACAUCGAAAAGACCUUCGAAAAACACAGCCAAGAAAUGCGAGCAAGAAUGGACUCGGCUUUUGGAUCAGCUCGAAGCGAUUCCCUUUUCGACCGCGCCCAGACAGGAAGCUCAUCGAAUUCACUCUUCCAGCGAUCCAACCCUUUUAAAGAAGCCGACGACUUUUUCAGUAACUCAAGAAGCCUUUUUAACUCAAACGAUCGUGGCUCCCCGCCAUCCAUCAGCACUAUGAUGCCCUUGGGAGCGUCGAGCAGGAUCGGGUUCCCAAUGGACUCCAUCGGAAGUGCGCCUGCUAACGAUAUCAAAUGGACAGAUGAGACACACUGGGAAAAGGAAAUUCCUCUCAACUCCCAACACUCUUAUUCAAACAUUGGCGUUAAAUGCAAAGAAAACUUCCUCGAAAUCGGCGCCUCAGAAGAGGUCGUUGAAAUGAACAACGGAAAGCAGUCCAUGAGCAAAAGCCACUUUAAAACCUCAUUUUCGAUUCCCGCUGGAACGAAUAAGAAGACGAUUCAAGCUGAAACUACUGGAGCUAAAAUCAUCGUCCGUGGAGAAGUUGAGAAGAAAAGUGAAGCCAAAGAAGAGAAAGCUACGGAGAUCCCCAUUCAAUUUGAAUAA